AAUCCUCCCCUCCCCCUCUCCUCCCGCACGCACACACCAGGAGCAUGGCGGCGGCGCGAGGAACCAACCGUCGCCGGCGCCGCCCUGCAGCUCCUCUCUCCCUCUGACCCUCUCCGUACCCAUCCCCCAGCUCCCUCCGUGCGCCGCCCUCCUCCUCCCUGGGCUCGUGGCUGGGCAGCCCGACGCCCUCACUCCCGCUCGUCGACGCCUAGCUGGCCGCCCGACGCCUCGGCUCCGGCGCCAACAAGCCCAACGGCGCAGCACCGGUCAGAGGGAUCCGCCCCAGCUCGUCCCGGAUCAGUUCGUCGGCCUCCCCUUCUCACCUAGCUCGUCCAUCUGCUCGAGUUCGUCCCGGAUCAGCCUGACGGCGGCGCUCCAUUGCUUGGCACCGACCGGACCAGCUCGCGGCCUCCCCUGCAACCUCGCCUUCGAGUGGCUCCUCUGCCUCCAACCCUCCAGUACAUCUCCGGCGGCAAAAGUUCCCCUUCCCGGUCCAAGGAGAGCAACUUCGAGAAGGAGGCGGCGAGGGCGAGCAGGGAGCGGAAGAGAUGGAGAACGGCGGCAGCAAAGGCGACGUCCCGGAGGACGCCAACGCCCAUUGCCCUGGAACGCAGUCGGAGGAGGCGGGGAAGGCCGAUUCCUGCGCCGGGUGCCCUAACCAGCAGAUUUGCGCCACCGCCCCCAAGGGCCCCGAUCCUGACUUGGUUGCUAUUGCUGAGCGGAUGGCUACUGUGAAACACAAGAUACUGGUUUUGUCAGGAAAGGGAGGUGUUGGAAAGAGCACAUUUUCAGCCCAGCUCUCAUUUGCCCUAGCUGAAAUGGACCAUCAGGUUGGCCUUCUCGACAUAGAUAUAUGUGGCCCUAGCAUCCCGAAAAUGUUAGGCCUUGAAGGCCAGGAUAUUCAUCAGAGCAACCUUGGGUGGUCACCAAUCUACGUGGAGUCCAACCUUGGUGUCAUGUCGAUUGGUUUUAUGCUGCCUAACCCAGAUGAUGCUGUCAUAUGGAGGGGUCCUCGCAAGAACGGAUUGAUCAAACAGUUUCUCAAGGAUGUUGACUGGGGUGAGAUUGACUACCUUGUAGUGGAUGCACCCCCUGGAACAUCAGACGAGCACAUCUCAAUCGUCCAGUACCUACAAGCCACCGAAGUUGAUGGCGCGAUAAUCGUGACGACCCCUCAGCAAGUCUCUCUUAUUGACGUGAGGAAGGAAAUCAAUUUCUGCAAGAAGGUGGGUGUGCCGGUGCUGGGCGUUGUGGAGAACAUGAGUGGCCUGAGGCAGGCAUUCACAGACCUCAAGUUCGUAAAGCCAGGUCCUGCAGGGGAGACAGAUGCCACGGAGUGGGCGAUGAACUACAUCAAGGAGAAGGCUCCGGAGCUUUUGUCGGUCGUGGCCUGCAGCGAGGUGUUUGACAGCAGCAAGGGUGGCGCAGAGAAGAUGUGCCAUGAGAUGGGGGUCCCUUUCCUCGGCAAGGUGCCGAUGGACCCGCAGCUGUGCAAGGCAGCCGAGGAAGGGAGGUCGUGCUUCGCCGAUCAGAGGUGCAGCGCCAGUGCGCCGGCUCUGAAAAGCAUCAUCGACAAGCUGAUCAAAACCAAGUAAGCAGACAGUGUUUGUGCCUGUUGGAGAAGUACCACUAGUCAAAAAUGUUACGAUGAUAUCUGGGAAGUCUCGUUGUACAAUUGCUUGUUACACGCCCGAGUGGCUUUCACUCUGUUCUUAGUUUCCUAAAGCUUUUUGGCUUGUGUA